GGAGAGGGGACGCCACUCGAAAGUUCGUUCAAGAAAAAGCGUCAGGCGUUUGAGCGCAUGCGCUGUUUAGCGGCUGUCAGCUGGUUGUUAUAGUAACAAGCGUCAGGAGUUUAGCGCCGGGUGUGAGACAUUAUGGAGCUAACCGUUAAUAAUUACACGUAAAACACAAACAGAUGAGUUAAGGAGAUUGGAGAUGUGUGCUGUGAUAUACACACUGACACACACAGAUGGAGAUGCCUGCAGUCAGACCACAGAAGGACGAAUCAGACUCGUCGUCUGAAGAUGAGCUCCAGACACAUGCGUGCAUUGCCUGGAGCGGCAUAAGUAAACGAAUUCCAGUGCUGCUGUUCUGCGCUGAAGCCAUCGUGUCUAAAGAUGUGAACAUCCGCUCUGUUGGAGAGAAAUAUAACCUGGCCUUUAAGAUUGUGCGUACAGAGAGCCGACUUGUGCGUGGCAUACUGGUCAGUCACGGAUUCCAUGAGGUGCACCCAAAUAGCAAUGAUUUUAACUUGAUGUGGACUGGCUCACACCUGAAGCCUUACCUCCUGCGCACUCUACAGGAUUUCCAGAAAGUCAACCACUUCCCCAGGUCGUACGAGCUUACGCGGAAAGACCGGCUCUACAAAAACAUCCAGAGGAUGCAGCAGAGCCAUGGCUUCCAGAACUUCCACAUCAUACCUCAAACCUUUGUGCUUCCUGCAGAGUACCAGGAAUUCAGCAGUUCUUUCAGUAAGGACAAGGGCCCGUGGAUCAUCAAACCAGUGGCGUCGUCUCGAGGUAGAGGCAUCUACCUGGUCAGCAAUCCCAGUCAGAUCCCCCUGGAUGAGAAUAUUCUGGUGUCACGAUACAUCAACAAUCCUCUACUGAUUGACGAUUUUAAGUUUGAUGUGCGUCUGUAUGUGCUGGUGACCUCUUACGACCCUCUUGUUAUCUAUCUCUAUGAGGAGGGACUGGCCAGGUUUGCCACAGUGAAGUAUGAUCGCGCAAACACAGCAAACAUCAAGAAUCAGUUCAUGCAUCUCACCAACUACAGCGUCAACAAAAAGAGCAGCAACUACGUCAGCUGCGAUGACCCUGAAGUAGAGGAUUAUGGGAACAAAUGGAGCAUGAGCGCAAUGCUCAGAUAUUUGAGACAAGAAGGCAAAGACACCACAUUGCUGAUGGGUCAGAUUGAGGAUUUGAUCAUUAAAUCUGUUGUGAGUGCUGAGAUCCACAUCGCCACUGCCUGCAAGAUGUUCGUCCCACAUCGCUGCAACUGUUUCGAACUGUAUGGUUUUGAUGUCCUCAUUGAUUCAAACCUCAAACCGUGGCUGUUAGAAGUGAACCUCUCUCCAUCACUGGCAUGUGACGCUCCUCUGGAUUUGAAGAUAAAGGCCAGCAUGAUCUCAGAUAUGUUUUCUCUUGUGGGUUUUGUGUGUCAGGAUCCAUUAUUACGACAGCAGCGAACCGACCGACAGGGGUUUGAUUCAAGAAUAAAGAAUGCAACUCUGAAGCCUCAGCGCCAGAGACCGCCGUCUGCCAGCAGCACUGAGCCAGAGAAACAGGGACUGAAGCUAGACAGCAGCACACUGGGUCUGACAGCAGAAGAGAUGAAGGUUCUUAGGAGGGUACAGGAGGAAUAUGAGAGGAGGGGUGGAUUUAUUCGCAUUUUCCCGACUCCAGACACCUUGGAACUCUACAGUGGUUAUCUGGAAUACAAGACAUCUAUGAAUGCCAUGUUGGCUAAUAAACUUUUCUAUGGAAGAUCUGGCCAAACCUCUGUGAGCUCCCGGUCAAGGAACAGGAUGAGUGAUAAUAUACUAGUAGAGGUGGGGGUCUUCUACACACCUCAUGUAGUCCAAUAUGAGAGGAAGCUUCUUACUCUGCAGGCACGAAAGCAGAGAAAACCCGGACGAGCCCCCACUGGAAGAAGAUGCACAGGUCCCAAAUUGUCUUCCCCUCACUUAAGUGAGAAUGAGGACAGGGCUGAUGGGGAGGCGGAGCUGCAAUCAUCUCAUCUACAUAUGACACACAAUCCACUGGAACAACAGUCAAGACCCAAAGUCAAUCUGCUGCACAUUCUCCAGCAAGGAUGGGACCUCAGUAAAGUACAAGCGCGCAUGGCCUUCUCCUCUUACCUGCAUCGUGUGCAGCUGCGACUGCUGGCAGAGAGCAGACAACACAGAAGCCCUGCAUGGACACAGAAAGACCACGAUCAGAUGGAGUUGGUUGUGCGUUUUCUGAAGCGAGCGAGCAGUAACCUGCAGAAAGACAUGAGUAUGGAGGUGCCCAGUCGUCAGCUUGCUCAACAGGACCGACAACGCAUCCUCUCCCAUCAGUUGGGGAACUUCAUCCAGCUCUAUAACGAGGAAACCAAGCAAAUGGUGGAGAGUUUGGAGAAGAUUCUAGAUGAAGAUUGCUGCAUCAAUUCCAAUGUUUUCCAGGAGUUUAUUCUGGAGGCGAGUGAAAGUGAACUGGAGGAAGUUCUUACAUUCUACACACAGAAGAACAAGAGUGCCAGUGUUUUUCUGGGCACAAAGUGUCACAGCAGCAGAACUGAGAGUAAUGGGGACUUUAGAGAACCCAAAACAUGCCAGAACACAGAGACAGCUGUGUCUAACAACCUGGACUCUGCUGGUUUAGAAAAAUUGGACACAAUCAGCAAGACACAAAAUACAGACAUCAGUGCAACUCUAAAUGCAGACAGACGAAAUGGUUUACCCCACUGCACGGACAACUGUAUUGCAACUAAACAGAGUAACAAAAACAUAUGCAACACAUUGCAAAAUAGAUGCAUCAGAAAUGAAAGGCAAAAAGGAGACUGCACAAGUGUUGAAGUACACCCGAACAUAUUAACUGCACCUGAGACUGAUGCAGCGGAAGAUGUGGCAAACAAGACUCACCCUUCUGUCAUCAGAAGCAAAAAAACUUUGUUAAAAUCUUUUAAACUGCAGCCUGGAAUGGGCCAAAGUAUGAAAUCCCGUUCCAGGGAGCCCAGCCCGACAUACUCCACAGCUUUAGAUUGUGAACACAUCAUCCUGCAGCACUGCCUUGUGCCUUCUGCACCUGAACCCCCGCCUUACAUCCAGCCCCCCCCACAUCCUCUCGCAGUCUCCUCCUCCUCCACAGUCACACCUUCACCUCUGAGUGUCACAUGGGCAUCUGCACGCACGGAUUCUACUGGAGCAAUAUCAACCCCUGAGGCACCUCGACCAGUCCAGCCCACCGAUGUGAACACCCCCUCCAUCUCCAGAACUCCAGUGCACACCUUCAACCAGAGAUUGUCACACCCAUGUUCAGCAGGGCAAGUGAGUCAAAAGACCAGUCUGAGUAAGUCAAGGCCAGGUUCUGCUGGUGUGCUAAAAGAAAAGGACUCGUUGACUGCCCAAACCCAGUCAAACCAGCAGGCCAUUAUAUCAGCUCUGCGCAAACUAGUGGAGAAGCAGGCUGCUCGCCAGUACAGUACAUCCAGUCACAUCAGCCUUCUCACACAACACCUGACUAAUCUGAACGUGGCCAAUGGGCUCUUCAGCAGAGGGGGUCUGGUGUUGGGCCCCGAGCCACGACCUGGACCUGUGAGAGCGAUACAUGCAGACACAAGCACAGGGAGCUCUGGUGAGAAGGCUGUGUGUGAACCAGAGUCAGUGUGUGAUGGAGAUUCAGCCAGCAUUCAGUCCAUUCAGCAGAAGAAGCCAUCGAUUGCAGGCAGCUACCAGCUGCAAUUUGCCAUUCAACAGCUGCAGCAGCAGAGACUGCGAUCCAGACAACUGCUGAACCACAGUCGCACACGCCACCAGGCCAUUCUCUCUGCACACACCAUCAGACCUGCAGCUUCAGCGUGGCCUCACGCCCCCCAAAGUCCUCGUGUGAGCCAGCCAUUCAGACGCACCCUCAGUCAGUCGGGCAGUCAGGGCACCAGCGCAGGGGUCCUCACGCUCACCCCCAGACCUCCUAGCAGCACACCCAGAGAUGGGCGCACAUGCAAGACUGCCGCCCACUGUCAACACAAGAAAACAUCAUGUGAGACUCCAGCCAAUCACAGCACUGCCAGUGUGCAGCAUGUUGUGUAUGACACUGUGUGUGCAAAGACAGGUCUGUCAAUGUACAGUAAACUUUUCCAUACUCAGGGCUCCAAGAACAAAUGAAUGAGGCCAAAGGUCAACUGUAAGGAUCGACUGCUUGUAACAUACUGUAUGAGAACAGGGCUGAACUACUCAAAACAUGCACAUCAAACCUUGACCUGUUUAACGGGAAUUCAGCAGACACACUAGACAGUAAAUGUAUUUCUGAUCAUUUCCCAUUGCAAUGUCUUCUUAUCAGCCUUGCGUCUAAUGCUUAAGUGCACGUGAUUACACACAAGCCUGUAGUGUUUCAAUUGGAUCCUUUUUCGAAGCCGCUGGGCAUCUUUCCGCCCCUCCUCUGCAGUUGUCCCGCCUUCAUUCUCACCACACAACUGAUGCCAUGUGACGACCACAUAGACUGACAACUGACAACAGCUGCUACAUCCACCUUAUAACAAACACAGAUUGUACAACAUCAACCACUGACCAAGAGCUCAUGAAUGUGUCCAUCAUAUUGAUAUGAAUUUCCAUUUGCAUAUACAAGAUGUAAACUGAUAAGAGUGUUAUUACUGCUUGUUAAAGGGAUAGUUCAUUCAUCAUUUACUCACCCUUAUGUUGUUCCGAACCCAUAUGACUUAUGCAGAGCUGCUUUUUUCCAUACAAGUGGAUGGUGAUUAUUACUGUCAAACUCCAAAAAGGACAAGAAAACUCAUGACUCAUGCAUUAAGUUCCAAGUCUUCUGAAGUCACAUAAUAGCUUUGUGUGAGGAACAGACCAAAAUGAGAUUUCAGAUUCAGUUUUCAAACUUGCGAUGACAUCUGUGCCAGUGUUGUUAUUGUAAAUAUGAAUCUUUUUUUUAUUGAACACAAAUGCGAAUGAGAUUUGAGAACAAGGGCAAGAUUUUCAGUGAAUAACGCCUUAUAUGCCAUAUAACGUCAUAUGAUUGUUUUGUCUGUUCCACACACAAAACAAUCAUAUGACUUCAGAAGACUUGAAAUAUAGCGCUCAAGUCAAAUUAACUACUUUUAUGAUUUCAAAGUUGAUUAUGAUUUAAUACAUUUUAUGAGUUUUUUUGUCCUUUUUGGGCUUGACCAGUUAAAUCACUAUACACUUGUGUUGUAGGGAAAAGAGCAGCUUGGACAUUCUGCAAACAUCUCAUUUUGUGUUUGCAGAAGAUAGAAAGUCAUGCAGGUUCAGAACAAGCAUGAGUGAAUUAUGAGGGAAUUUUCAUUUUUAUAUGAACUAUUUCUUUAAUAAUCUUAAUGUCUCACAUCAUGAUGCACGGUGUGUUUGUGUUAAAGUGCCUCAUUCAGUUUGAAGCCAUUUGAGCAACUCUGAGUUUCUUCAGUUGACUGUGUUUUAGUCGGCAGUUUGGAUACAUGGAAUCUUUAAAUUCAGAGGGUUUAAUGCAAUUACUAGUCAGGUAUAUGGCUCACCUACGAGAUUAUUUUUCGCAGAAGUAAAAUUACAAUCUAUCUUUAACAUGCAAUGGCAAUUUUUAAGUAAUCCUGGUAAAAAUAUAUAUAUAUAUAUAAAUAUACACCUUGAUCAACACAGUUGCUCAUGGGAUCACAUUGUGUUUUCAGUUCAAUUGGAAACAUUUAAUCAUACUUACGUUUUAGUUAUGCUUCAGUUAACAUUUAGUAGGCCAAAAAUGCAAACAAUGAAGGGACCUCAUUUAUGAAGCAAGAGCAGAACAAAUGUUUGUGUCAAUUAUUUGUAUUAUUAUGUUCUCAGGAUUUGCUUUGUGAAGUUUGUGUUAUUAUUUUUAGUUUGUAUAGUAUUUGUCUUUUUUUUUUUCUUUUUUUUUUUUUUACCUCUCCUGAAUUUACUUGAAUUUCCAUUAACAAUGGCAAUGACCAGAUAUGAGCAGUGGCCGUUGAUUGACUUUUAAAUUACAUUUUGUAAUGCUAACUUUUAUGCAUUUAGUGUUCAGUUGUACAAGUAAAGAAUUAGAAGUAAAUUGAAAAAAUCUUUACAUGUGAUCCAGCUACUUUUGUGACCAGUGCUCAGUUACUUGCGUUUUUACCUAAGAAUAUAAUAACACUAAAAUAUUACUUUGUUCGUAAUAUUAAUAUUAAAAUAUUAAUGUGAAAGGAAGUACUGCAGU